GGCAGCUCCCGCGGCGAGCGGGUGGGUGAGCGGGCACGCUGGUCACCCCUUUUCUCUUUCCGCCGGAGUUGAAUCUGUGCUGCCCGUGUCCAGGUGCUGGGCUUCCGGACCGACACCGACCCCGCGUUCCCGCCCGCAGCCGCCUUGUCAUGCUGCCCAAAGUGGAGACGGAAGCUCCGGGACUGACCCGAUCGCAUGGGGAACAGGGGCAGAUGCCGGAAAACAUGCAAGUGUCUCAGUUUAAAAUGGUGAAUUACUCCUAUGAUGAAGAUCUCGAAGAGCUAUGUCCUGUGUGUGGCGAUAAAGUAUCCGGGUACCAUUACGGUCUCCUCACCUGUGAAAGCUGCAAGGGGUUUUUUAAACGAACAGUCCAGAACAAUAAAAGGUACACAUGUAUAGAAAACCAGAACUGCCAAAUUGACAAAACACAGAGAAAACGUUGUCCUUACUGUCGAUUCCAAAAAUGUCUAAGUGUUGGAAUGAAGCUAGAAGCCGUAAGAGCUGACCGCAUGCGAGGAGGCAGAAAUAAGUUUGGGCCAAUGUACAAGAGGGACAGAGCCCUCAAGCAACAGAAGAAAGCUCUCAUCCGAGCCAAUGGACUUAAGUUGGAAGCCAUGUCUCAGGUGAUCCAGGCGAUGCCCUCAGACCUGACCAUCUCCUCUGCAAUUCAGAACAUUCACUCUGCCUCUAAAGGCCUACCUCUGAACCAUGCUGCCUUGCCUCCCACAGACUACGACAGAAGUCCCUUUGUUACAUCUCCAAUUAGUAUGACUAUGCCACCUCAUGGCAGCCUGCAAGGUUACCAACCAUAUGGCCACUUUCCUAGCCGGGCCAUCAAGUCCGAGUACCCAGAUCCCUACACCAGCUCACCUGAGUCCAUGAUGGGCUACUCCUACAUGGAUGCUUAUCAGACAAGCUCCCCAGCCAGCAUCCCACACCUGAUACUGGAACUUUUGAAGUGUGAGCCAGACGAGCCUCGGAUUCAAGGGAGGAUCUCGGCUCAAUUGCAGGAAGAGCAGGUGAAGAACAGGCAUGAAAAGCUGAACACAUUUGGGCUCAUGUGCAAAAUGGCCGACCAGACCCUCUUCUCCAUUGUUGAGUGGGCCAGGAGCAGUAUCUUCUUCAGAGAACUAAAGCUCAAGUGCAAUCCCCCCGGCCCCCCGGCCCCCCGGCCCCCGCCCCCCGGCCCCCGGCCCCCGGCCCCCGGCCCCCGGCCCCCGGCCCCCGGCCCCCGGCCCCCGGCCCCCCGCCCCCGGCCCCCGGCCCCCCGCCCCCGGCCCCCGGCCCCCGGCCCCCGGCCCCCGGCCCCCCGGCCCCCCGGCCCCCACGGCCCCCAGAGAUUUCGCCUGGCUUUUGAGAGCCAAAGCUCAUAA